GGAGAAAGCGAAAGCGAAAAGGCUUCAUUUCUGGGCGUAGUGUUUAACGCUGUCUGUUUUUAAGCGCUUUCGUGUCUUUUUUAGAAAAAGUGUAACGCGAAAGUGAAGGACAUUAUUGAUACCUUUCUUCUUUCCAUUCAUCCGAAUAAUCACUGAAACAAGCUCUGUGGAGAAUUUGUUGCCUGAGGCUUGUUUGAGGAGUAUCAAACCUGCCUCUCAAGAGCUGAGAUCGCACAUUGUGAUCGUGGUACUGAUCUAAGAUCUGUCUUCAACAUGUCUGGCCCAGGCUACCCAUCUCCACACCAUCCCAUGCCCCAACCAGGCGGACACUCCAUGCCCCCCUAUCCCAUGGGAGGAUAUGGUGAGCCUGGACAGGCGGCACCACCUGCAGGGUUCCAUGUAGGAUACCAGCCCGUUCCAGAUCAGCCAGUUAUGUAUCAGCCUGGUCCAGUCAGUCCAGCAUCUCACCAGGGCCAACCCUAUGGAGCACCUGUACCUGCACCAACUUCAGUGCCUGCUGGAGUACCACCUGGUCUGGAGUACCUCACUCAGAUUGAUCAGAUCCUUAUUCAUCAGAAAGUGGAGUUGUUAGAGGCAAUCAUUGGCUUUGAAACCAACAACCAAUAUGAGAUCAAGAAUAGCCUUGGUCAAAAGAUCUAUUCUGCCAAAGAAAAAAAUGACUGCUGCACACGCAACUGCUGUGGUGCCCUGCGCAGCUUUGACAUGAAGAUCAAAGACAACGCCGAUCGAGAGGUCAUGCGACUGAUCCGACCUUUCCGCUGUGUCUCCUGUUGGUGCCCUUGCUGCCUGCAAGAGAUGGAGGUACAGGCCCCCCCGGGAACAACUGUUGGGUAUGUGAAGCAGGACUGGCACCCCUUUUAUCCAAAAUUCUCCAUCCAGGGGCCAAACAAGGAGACUGUGAUGAAGCUCGAGGGGCCCUGCUUGGCAUGUAACUGCUGUGGUGAUGUGAACUUCGAGCUCAAAGGUAAAGAUGGUACUGGGAAGCCUAUCGGUCGAAUCAGUAAGCAGUGGAGCGGCCUCUUAAAGGAAGUCUUCACUGAUACUGACAACUUUGGCAUCCAGUUUCCUAUGGACAUGGAUGUUAAGAUGAAGGCUGUACUUAUGGGCACUUGCUUCCUGAUUGAUUUUAUGUUCUUUGAAAAAGUGGGAGACACAAACCAGCGAAAUACUGUAUUCUCUUAAAGCUCCUGAUAAGUUACAUAUUAAGUAACUUUCUCAACUAACUCACAUCACCUUUCAAGUUUUUGUUUAAACAAUGCAAUUCUCACAUUCUGUGGAUGACAUUUAAGUCUGGACUUCCUUUAUUUCCUGCAACCAAAGCCAUAGACAGCUGGAACUGCCAUGCAACCAAGGGACAUGUUCAAGGUCAUUUUGUAGUGCUCACGUGACCAGCAGUAUUUACAGGCGAGGUGUCACGAGUGCCUUUGAAACAACCAUAGCCUACAAUAAUUACAGAUAACCGCAACUAACAUGUACAUCUUUUUUGUUACUUUCAACUUUUUUUUUUUUUGUUAGACAUUUACUGUAACAUGCAACCUUAUGCAUGUUUUUCUAGACUUAUCUCAUGCAUAAAGUUUUUCAGUCUUUUAGAAGGAAAUUCAGUUUUGUUGUGUUAAAUGCAAAACAUUUUAGUCUAAACAUACAGAUGUUCCUACUGCUAAAAAUGCUGCAUGCAUGAUGAUGAUGGUUACAUGAAAGUUACUGAAAGUUACUGAUUCAAUAGCUGAAAAAAAGGAAAAAAACAAGGAAGUAGUUGCAUGGUUUUCUGUGUGUAUAGACCGACUUAAAAUGGGUAGAAUGCCUACAGGGAGCGCACAUGUUGGCCAACCUCCCAUUGAGUCGCUCUUAAUUCUUAGGAUGGUGUUAAAUAUUUAAUAUUUGCCAAUUAAGUCCAUGUGUAGCAUGAAACACACGUGGAAAUUCAGGAAGCAAAGUCCUAAUAGUAGACUUUAAUAUUAAUAUCUUUGUCCUCAUAAGGACUUUCUCUUUCAUUACAUACCACAUGACAUUUUUUCCUAGUUAAUAGUUAUAUAGAGUCUGGCCUUGUAUUAAGAGAAUAUAUAGGAUAUAUAACAUUGUGAAAAUAUACAGCCCAAAGAGACUGAGACCCUUUAAAAAAACAUUAAUGUAUUGGUUACUAUGUAUUUCACUUUUUGAUAUAAUUUUCCCACAUUCAUAUGCUGCAAAUUAAAUCUGCUUCAUGAACUUUGUAUAACUAACUGUAACAGUGAUGGAAAACAUGGAUAUCAUUUUCAGUUUUGUGCACAUUUAUUUUGUUAAUUAUAUUUAACAUCCCAGUAGCACGAGUGUUACAAUGCUCUCAUGUCUCCGCAUGCAUAUAUAUAUACACAUACACACUUAUACAUGUGUCUUCUUGUGUACAUGUUUGUAUGUAUUUCUAUAAUAUGCAAUAUUAGUAUAACAUGAUACAUAAUAAAUGUGUAAUGUUA